UAAAAAGAAUAAAAAAGUCGUGUAAAAAGGACUUGUAAAAAAUAAAACAGAAAAUUGUUUUGUGUUGUGCGCAUCUUAUUAAAUCUUAUUAAAAAAGUUUUUUGAAAAGAAAGAAAAGAAUCUUUGAAAUGGAGAACCAAGAAAUCAUGGAUCAAUUUUUGGAAAACAGACAAAAUUAUAUGAUGGAUAACAACAGUAUGCAGCACAUGAAUGUGAAUGUGGCUAGUGCCGGCUGUGAUGCAGUAGUAGGAGGCGUUCAGGCAGAUGUUGUAAGUGGUGGUGUUGGUGGAGUUGCCGGAGAGAUCUUGGGUGUUAAAUACGAUGAACACCACGAAGAACACGAUGUUGGCGAUGACGACGAAUUGAAGUACGUUAAAGAAGUGCAGCAGAGCGAAAAGCAGCAGCAACAGCAGAUGCAAAGUUUGAAAAACUUUGGCCUAGACGAUGAUGGUACAUACGAAAGCAAUGAGUUGGCAGAAAAAGAAACUACCAACAAUGCAGCCCAUGAAUUUGGCAAUGGAGACGGGGGUUUUGUAUUCGGUGGAGAUCAUCACCAACAUCAACAGCAACAACAACAUCAUGACUUGUUCAAUAUAGGCAAUGGCCAUGAUACCAAUGGUCAUGAUAGCGUUAAUAUAAAUGAAGAUUUUGGCAACCUCGUUUCCACAGGAUUUGAAGAGAAACUCAAUAUGAUGGAUAGCGAUUUAGAUGGUUUCAAAAUUGAGGGAGAUUUUUCUUCCACCUCGAAUGUUACAGAAUCCGUCGAAGGCCUGAUUCCCCAGGUGGAUGUCAAAAUUGAAACAAAGGCUGAACAUCAAGAAAUGGUCGACGAAGAGGAGCCCUCUUCAUUGGCCACAAAUACUACAAAUGGAACCAGCAGUCUCAGUGAAAAUGUUCCAGCACAAAAUGUGGCUGCACCUCAAGCCAAUGCAUUUGACGACUUUAUGGUCAAUCUAGAGAACAAAGAAAAUUCAGAUCCCUUAACCCCACAACGGCCAAAUGAACUUGAUUUGGAUCAAGCCCACUCUCAGCUAAAUCCCGAUGCUAAGGAAUUUAUACCUAGUUUCGGCUCCAAUCCUAGUUCCCCAACAUCUCCCUUUGCCAUGGGCAUGCAGCAAAAUGAACCGGGUUUGAGUGAUGCUCUGGAGACACAAAUGUAUUUCGGUCAAGCUCCCACUGCUGUACCACGUCAUCUCAUGGUUGAUGAUGAUUUUGUGGCACAAAGCCCACGCAAAGGAAAGGGUGACAAUAAUAUGGAUGCAGUUCUUUUGCCAAAAGAAUCAGAAUUCGAGCUAGAAGCUGAUAAACGACCCCAUGAACUAGAACCUGAAGAUGUUGAUGGCUUCCAGCAAAGAGAUGAAGUCAUGACCCCAGAUCAGGCUAUACAACAAUUACCACUCGAUGAUCUAGUAGCACAAGAUAAAGAAAAUUGUGAUCCUACAGACUCUACUGACUUCCAACCUUCAACCUUAAACUUUAUGGAUCAUGGUCCAGAGACCUGUGUCGAUCUGGAUGCCGAUUUAGAUUUGCAACCAUCAGCCUUUAUAGCCUCUCUACAAGGCGAAGAUGAUGUCAUGAAAAGAUCUAUGUAUGUGGCCAACGAUGAUGCUAUUGAGGAUGUUUUGAACAGCGUUCAGCCCAUUCCAACCGAAAUCGAUAGUGUCAAUAAUUCAUUUAUAGAAGAGUCGGCUACCGAAUCGGCUGCCAAUCAAUUGGCUGGAGACAAAGAACUCCUGCAGGUCGAGGAAAAAGAACAUGUUUCGCAUUCACCUUCCACAGAGGAAAUUCAAAUGAAUUUACAAAACACUCUUAAUUCCUCGAAUAAGGAUAUACCACAAUUACCGGUGGAUAUGGAUAAUGCCAAUAACAUGCAAGAAUCUAUGUAUAUGGAUCAAGAGCAGGAUCCAGAACAGGAUAAAGUAUUCCACGAAGAACAGCAAUUUGAGCAAGAUCAAAUGUUCCAACAACCUCAAGUUGAGGAACAAUUCUUACAGGAAGAUUUGCAUCAUGAACAACCACAACAUCACUUAGAAGAACAACACUUCCAGGAUGAAUUCCAUCAGGAAAAACAAACUGAAAUCGAACAGCAACUUCUUCAAGAAGCUGAUGAAAAACAUCAAGAAAUAGGAAACUUCCCGGAAGAAGUUCAACAUGAAAUGCCAGCUGCUGAACACCAACACUUCCAAGAAGAAGUUCAACAAUUUGAAAAACUAACUGAAGAAUCACAACCCCAACAAGAAUUGCUUGAAGAGACACCACUAAAAGAACAACAUCAUGAUGAAUUACUCCAUGAUCAGCCACCUCAAGAUCUCAUGGCCGAUACUCAAUCAAUCGAACCAACUGAGGCAAGUCUUUUAGCUGAUACCACAAAUCCUUUGAUGGCCAAUGACAGUUUCUUGGACAACUCUCUUGUUUCCCACGAGCAACAACAAGACAUUCAAGAAGCAUUUUCUCCAUUCAAAAUCACUGAAGAGCUUUCAGCUGCUCCUGCUAUCGACUGUUUUAACUUUGAUGCCCCUGAAAAUCAGCAAGAUUGCAACAUGAGUGAUGUCGUUAUGACGCCUUCGUCUGCUGUUGAUGAGAAACAUUUGCUCGAAGAAACCAAAGAACAAGAAUUGUUCUCAAUGUCCGGUUUGGAGCAACAAAUGAAUGACAUGAUGUUGAACAACACCGAUGGCCAUCUUUCACAGGCAGAGGAAGUUGUCGCUACAACAGCUACAACUGCCAUCGAAGAUAUAUCGGAAAAUCUCGUUUCUCCCGAUGAAGCCGUUACCCUUGAUCAAUACCAUCAACACCAGGAGUUGGAACAAACUCAAGACCAAAUGAUGGUGGACGACUCAUUCCAACGGCAUGAACAGGAAUGUCUACUACAACACGAGCAAGAGCAACAACAACUACAAUUACAACUUGAACAUGAACAGCCAAAGGAAAUGGAAUUUGAACAAAAUCAACAAGCCGUUGCAGAUCACCAUGAAUCUAUUGAAUCUCCCAUAGAACAGCAACAUCAACAUGAAUUAGAAAGUGAAAUGGUCGCUGUUGAAGAGCCCAUUAUCGAGGCUAAACAAGCCGCACCACUUUUCACCCACGAAGAGACUGAAAUUAUAAAUGUAACCAAAACCGAAGAAAUCGAAGAAAAACCAGAGGAAAAACAUGAAUUGCCACCAAGCAUGGUGCCAGAAACAGCUCCAGCCGAGCUAUUGGAACCACCCAUGGGCAUGCAAAAUGAGACUGAAACUAUUAAGGCGGAAGUAGUAGAAGAAGUGGAAGCACAACAUCAACAAACCAUUGAAGAAGUCAUUGCUGAAGCUGUUAAGGAACCCGUCGUAGAGGAGGUAAAUGCUAAGGAUGAAGAGAGUGCUAAGCAAGAAUUGCUUGAAACAGCAGAAGUUAAAACUGAUAUACCAGUUGAGACUGUUGCUGCUGUGGCUGCUACAGCGGCCGUUGUUGCUGCAACUGCGGCUGUAGGUGCAAAAAUAGCUUCCUCCCCCUCUAAAACUAAGACCGAAGCUGCUAAGAAACCAUUGGCCAAGACCACAACCACAACUACAGCAGCAGCUAAACCUAAAGUUGGUUCUACACCAGCUACUAAGAAACCUAUGGAAGCUGCUAAAAAACCAAUGGGUCUAGCUGCCAAGCCACGUACAACUCCAGCCAGGCCCGCUGCUACAACAGCUGAUAAGAAACCAAUUGCCAAGACUACUACCACAACUACAACCACGGCUGCACGUAAACCUUUAAGUGCUACAUCCACUACAGCCUCGAAAGUGUUGUCCAAAACUAGCACCACUACUUCGACUACACGUACUGCAACAGCUGCAUCUAAGACUACCACAACAACUAGACCUACAACAGCACCACGCACGUUGACUUCAACUACUACAGCACGCAAACCAGCUACAACAUCAUCAACUACAAAUGGACCUUUGGCCAAACCACGUCCAGCUACAGCUCCAGCUAAGCCCACGACUCUCGGUUUAUCAGCAACAAAUGGUGCACCCAAACCAAAACCCACUUCUCCCCGGUCUACUUUAGCCUCGCAAGUACGUAAAACGACCCCAGCAACAACUGCAGCCAAGAGUCCUGUCAAAUCGACCGCCACAAAUGGUGUCGCCAAAACAGCCGCUACAACCUUGGCCUCAAGAACAAAAACUACCACAUCGACAGUAUCAAGCACAGCUGGCAAAACAUUUACAGCACGUCCAGCUCCCAAAUUUACCAGUAGCUCUAGCUCAACUACUACUACCACCACUACUAGACGUUUAACAGUAGGCGGCACCACUGCUGCCUCAACUACUACCACUACUACAAAAACUAGCAGCACUCCUAUGCGUAAGUCUUCACCAACUAAGCCCGCCACCGGCAGGACACCCUCAAAGUCAUCAAACACUGCUGGAGGUUUGAAAUCAAAAACUCCUGCUGCCAAACCAGCUUCUCCUCCCGCUAAGCCGGCUCCCAUUAGAAAGCCAGUAGAUAAAACCGCUCUCAUUAAUGGUGAUGCCGCCGCCCAGAUUAACAAGGAAUUAAAUGGUACUGCUGAAAAGAUAACUGCACCCGCUGAAGAACAACAACAACAGGCAUCUCCCCAGAAUGGUGAUUUGCAGGCUGUGCAACAUGAACAACAUCAGAAUGGUGAUUCCAGUAUUCCUAUGCAGACUGAAGGGCAACAGCAGUCGUUACUAGAACCCAGAGAUGAGCAAAUUCCUAUGGAUUUAAUAAAUGCUUAAACGAACAAAUUUAAAAAAAGCAUCAAAGACUUUCGAACUUUCAACACACAACUGUUUUCUUUCGAAAUGAGGGUAGGCCCUCUAUAUCAAUAUUUAAUUCAAAAAAAAUAUCUUAAAAAAACAAACAAAAAAAUUUUAGAUCCUUUUUAGGAAAUAAAAUAUAAAAAAUCAUCAAAAGCUUUUUUCUCUAUAAAAAAGCCUGAUUGUAUGUGAAGAAUCUUAAAAAAAAAAACGAUAAACAAUUUACAACAUUUGCUUAUAAAUUUGGAUAAAUUUCGAAUGUCAUGAUAAAUAAGAUUAUUUCAAAUUAGUCUGCAAUUUAUAUGCAAAUGCUGUAACAUAAAUUUUUUUACUUAAAAGUAGUUUUUAAAUCAAACAAAAAAAAAUCAAUGUAAAAGUAUUUGAAACACACACUUACUCUCUCUCUCUUUGUCUCUUAAAGCAAAAACGAAACUUUUUAAUACUAUUAUUUCGAAAAUGUUCGUUUUUCUUUAAAUUUUAUACAUUUUUUUUAUUCUCGUUAAGAGUUUUGUUUAAUUGUAGUACAUUGAAAAAAAUUACUGUAUUUUUUGUUUAAUUUUUAUGUUUGAGUUUUUUGAACGAAACAAAAAAAUAUAUAUUUCGAAAUGAAACAAUUAAGAAAAAAAAAUCAAAUUCCAAUUUAUAUUUUUUAUAUGCAUGCUCUAUAUACUUAAUGUCAUAUAAGCAUAUAUUUUAUAUUUACUACUAAUACAUACAUACUACAUACAUACACACAAUACUAUAUUGAAAGGAAAACAAUUUUAAAAAAGGAUUUAUCAAUUAAAUCUUGAAAAAAAAUCUCAAAAAUUAAAAAGAAAUUAAAGAAACUUAAACAGAUUUAACAGCUAAUUUCUUUAACAAAACAAAAAAAAAAACAACAAAA